GAGUGGGGGUAGAUGUUGUCGGAUUUUUUUCUUAUCGGUAUUCUUUUAUCUACCAUCUAUCUACCCUUCUACCGCACUACCGCGUCCCAUCUGCAACGAAGUUCUUGUCCUUCUUGUUCUCAUGUGCUGCUGAUAUUUCUAAUAGAUUAUUGUUCAUUGUUCUUUGUUCUUAAAUCCAGUGAUUCCGGCUUGAUACCUAUAAUUUUCGAAAUCAUAAUUAUUUGUAUGAUCGAUUAAUUACGAAUUCAAGUCUUGACGAUCCAUCUUAUCAUAAUAUUGUGCAACUUCAAAGUCUUCUAACGCGAAUUCAAGUGUAAACACUCGUAUCCAUUUGGGAAAGACAGUUUGCUAAGGUUCGUACCAAUAAGAUGAGUUCUCCAGCGAUUGGAAUUGAUCUAGGAACUACGAACUCUUGUGUUGGAGUUUUCCAGAACAAAAAAGUUGAAAUUAUCGCGAACGAUCAAGGUAACAGAACGACGCCGAGUUAUGUCGCUUUUACAGGUCUUGAAAUUUUGAUCGGAGAUGCAGCCAAAAAUCAAUCGACUAGAAACCCGAGUAGAACCAUUUUCGAUGCCAAAAGAUUGCUGGGACGAAAAUUCGACGAUGUUACGGUUCAGUCUGAUAUGCAGCGUUGGCCUUUUCAAGUCGUCGGUGAUAACAAUAACAGACCGAAAAUUCUAGUUGAAUACGAAAAUAAGACUACUGACACUUUUUUUCCUGAGGAGAUAUCCUCGAUGAUUUUGAAUAGAAUGAAAGAGACCGCCGAAGCUUAUCUUGGUAAAUCGGUUCAGAAUGCAGUUAUCACUGUGCCUGCUUAUUUCAACGAUUCUCAAAGAUGUGCUACUAUCGAUGCUGCUAAAAUCGUCGGUUUAAACGUAUUACGUAUUAUUAACGAACCCACUGCUGCCGCCAUCGCUUACGGCUUGGAAAAAAAAGACUCCAAACUGCAAAAUGUAUUGAUUUUCGAUCUCGGCGGCGGUACCUUCGAUGUCUCCAUUCUAGCCAUUCAAAACGGUGUUUUCGAAGUGAAAUCAACGGCCGGAGAUACUCAUCUGGGUGGUGAAGAUUUCGAUGACAGGAUGGUCGAUUAUUUCGUUCAAGAAUUUAAACGUAGGAAUAAUAAAGACCUUAGUCAGAACAAGAAAGCCCUACGUCGUCUACGUACUGCCUGCGAACGAGCUAAAAGAACUUUAUCAUCAGCCAUCGUAGCCGAAAUCGAACUCGAUUCCUUGUACGAGAAUACCGAUUUUUACACUUCGAUCUCUCGCGCUCGUUUCGAAGAAUUGAACGCAGACUUUUUUCAAAGCGUAAUGACACUCGUUGAAAAGGCCAUCCACGAUGCUAACAUGAACAAAUCUAAAAUCGAUCACAUCGUUUUAGUCGGUGGUUCAUCGCGUAUACCAAGAAUCCAAAAAAUGUUACAAGAUUUCUUCGAUGGAAAAGAACUAAACAAAUCCAUCAACCCGGACGAAGCUGUCGCUUAUGGAGCUGCUAUCCAAGCUGCCAUAUUGAACGGUGACAAAUCGGAGGUAGUGCAAGAUGUGGUGUUGUUCGACGUUGUACCGUUAUCAUUGGGUGUCGCUUGUGGAUACAAUCAUGAAAAGAUGUGCGUAAUGAUUCAACGUAACUCUCGUAUUCCAGCCAGACGAAGUCAAAGUUUCUUCACAGAAAAUGAUAAUCAAACCGGAAUGUCGAUCGAAGUUUACGAAGGCGAACAUGCCGAUGUGAAGAAUAAUCAUUUUCUCGGCCAAUUCAAUCUUUAUGGCAUCCCUCCUGCUCGUAAAGGCACACAGAAGGUCACUGAUAUAUUCGAAAUCGACGCUAAUGGUAUUUUGAAAGUUACUUCCGUUGUUGAAUCGAAUGGUUUUACCAAUCAACUUACCAUCUCGUAUGAUCGGGGCCGUCUCAGUCAGGAGGAAAUACAGCGUAUGAUCGAAGAUACUGAAAAACGAAGAGUUGGAAAAGACAAACAAAACGCUUCAUUAGUCGCAAAGAACUCUUUAGAAUCGUACUGUAUGGCUGUUAAAAGCACCGUGAAAGAUCGCCAGGUGAAAGAUAGGAUCGAUAAAUAUGAUCAAGUAUAUCAAAAUGUGAUUUUGAAAAAAUGCGAAGAAACCAUCGUCUGGUUAAAUUCUAUCCCGUUAGCUGAUCCAGAACUUUACGAACGCAAGCAAGAAGAAUUGAAAAAAAUAUUCGAUACGAUUAUUUUCAUUGCUAGCAACCCUGGUAAAGAAGAGGAGAAAUACUACGAAUUAUUGAACUUGACGAAAGACGCCUCGUAUGAGGAAAUCGAAGAAGCUUGCAGAGAAAUUGGUCGCAAGUACCAUCCCGACAAGUAUGAAGGAGACAAAGAAAUUGCUACCAUGUAUUGGCAUACGAUUAUGAAAGCAAAUGAUGCGCUCAUCAAACAAGUAAAACGACAAAAGCUCGGUCACAACACAGAAGCGUAAUGUUACUCGGAAUCUGAAACUCGACAUAUUAAAUAGGUACCGUAAUACCUAGAUCAACAUCUUUCCAAUCCCAAUGUCGUCUUUUUCACGUUGAUGGUGAAUACCAAAAACCUGAAGAGUUCCGAAAGAUGUGCGUACUUAUCAUCCUCGUUAUGAAUUUUAAUUUCUCAUUUCCAGUGGUUCAGCGGAGGUUGAAUCGAUAAUACUAUUUGUGAUAAAUACCCCGUUUUUCAAGUGUCCUUUUUUCUUUUUAAUUUUUCUGUGUAUUUUUCUUGAGCUUGAUCAUGUUUAUUUUAGUUACUUAUAUUAUUUACGAGUUUUUUUUUUUUCAAAAAAUAGGUACCUAAUCGUUUUAUAUUAAUGAAUAAAUGAUGUACCUACCUAGACUUACCAAUGUACUUGGGCGUAAUAAUAAACGUAAUUAGCUUAUAUACAAGUGUGUUGUCAUAUUGAUGUCUGAAUAAUUAUCCCAAAGUGUAUGUUUUCAACAUUUU